AUGACAGGAUCAGAGGCCCUGCCAUUUUCAUUCGAGGACGCCAUCUCGAAAGCUGAUGAAACUCGGCAUCCGUCACUACAGCAAUUUGUUGGUGAUUGCUUGUUUCAUGGUCAUCAAGAUUUAAAAGUCAAGAUCAACAAGGAACUGGCAUUCUCGUACUAUAAGGAAGGAGCUCGACAAAAGCACAUGCCAUCACUCAAGAGUUUGGCAAAUUGUUAUUGGACUGGAGAAGGAGCAAGAUAUAAUCCCCAUAAAGCAAUCAAGCUGCUGACACAUGUUGUCGCAGCAACCAAUGAACUAGAUAGUAUCAAGAGACUCGCUGCUUGGCAUUGGCAGUUUGGCGAAAUGCCUUCCUCUUCAAAGGCUCCAAAGAAGAUUGAUGACGAGACAGACGAAGGAGAAUCUGAUCGCGACGACGAUGACACGUCAGAAGAAGAAGAAGAUGACGAUGAUCCUGAUCCUGAUGAUGAUACUAUUACAUCACGAAAUCCAGGACACGCUACAUGUCUAAAACUCUUGUUACGUGCUUCAGCCAUGGGCGACAUAUCAUCAACCCAUCAAGCAGCCUCAAUAUUCUUAAACGGCUAUGAGAGAAUCAUACCCGCAAAUCCUAAAAAAGCUGAAGAGUUAUUGGAAUAUGCUGUCUCGCUCGGUGAUUCUGAUGCCACGAUUAAACUCGCCAAUUUUCAUUACGAGCAAGUAUUGAUUGCUUCCUCAUCAAUUUUUGUGUCACCGCAAAAACCGAAUACAACACCACAACAACCUACUAGACGUAAUCCGUUGAAUGGCGCAUCGCCUAAAACGCCAACAUCACAACAACAACACUCGCAAGCUCAAUCUCAGUUAAUGGCAAUGGCACUUCGACCAAUGCCAUCCGCUUUAUGUAUCUUGGCUGAUCGAGCUAAAGAGCAUUUAGAACGUGCUGCUGCUUUAGGAGAUGCUGGGUCUUUAAUAGCUCUAGGUGACUUGUAUCGGGAUGGUAGAAUCACCUCUGAGGAAGGACUGGAUUGUAAACUUAAGGCACUGGAACUUUAUUCACUUGCUAGUGAAAAGUAUGAUGUCAAGGGCAUGUUUUCUGCUGCUCAUAUGCUUGUGACGGGUGAUGGUGUGCCUGUAGAUUUGAGAAGAGCAUUCCAAUUCUUGCUAAGAGCAUCCAAAAUAUCAUCCACACCACGAUUACGUGAUUUGGCAGACUUUCUGUCUGCUCAUCCGCUACCAACCAUCGAAUCUUCUAGAGGCGCCUCUUCCUCAGACAUGAUAGACGACAAUGAUGAACCCCACGAUCCAACUCCAUACUUGCUAUACAUAUCUUCAUACGAAACAGAACAUGACGAAACAUGUCUCAUACCCAUCGUUUCAUGUCUAUUGACGGGAUCGUUGGGGGCACCAUUGAAUAUUCCAUUGGCAAUUCAUUAUCUUGAUCAAGCCAUGGAUUCUGCAGAUGCAGAUUUGAAGGUUAUGGCUAGUGCUGUGCUGGAAGCUGCUAGAGCUGAGGGGCUGAUACGUGAUUUGCGUCUUGCGAAAAUGGAUGAAGGGGAUGAUGGUGAGGAGGAUGUACAAAUGGAAAGUGAUGGUGAAGAGCUGCAAGAGGACGAAGAGGAUGGUGGCGAGCCAAUGCAGCAGGGAGAUGAAGAGAAGGGUAUCGGCGAAGAUGAUGGUGAUGGUGAAAACGAUGGUGGUGGUGAAGAGAUGCAAGAGGAGGAGGAGCAUGGUGUUGAGCCAAUGCGCCAGGCAGAUCAAGAAAAGGGUGCUGGUGAACCUGAUGGUGAGGAUGGUGGUGACAAGCCAAUGAUGGCCAACGGUUGA